AUGCCUGGAGUUUUAACGAUACUCAAUGCUCCAGCACUUUGCCUUCGGAUUUUUUUCAAUGCAGUGUCUGCAGGCUCAGGUGCAUCUGUCGUUGCUGCAACUAUCGUCGUUGGUGUCGUCGUUGUUAAUAAAUGGAAAGAUCCAGAUCAUUCAAGUGAUCUAUUUCAUGAUGUGACAGUAGUAUUGAAAUCAGAUGGUACACUUGCAUUUAACCGACCGAUUCUAUCAUUUGAACUAGACGAAUAUUAUAAUGCGACGGAUACUUUAUUGCGUCUCACCGAACAACUAAAUGCACAUCUAAAACAGAAAUUUCCAACUACCUUUGUCAAAGCUGUAACUUCAAAUUUUUCUUUAAAACCUGAAAUAACUCCAACACGAAAAAAACGCUACCCGUACUGCCGUGAAUGUUAUCUUAAACUAAUGGCUGCAAAAGCUGCAAGGAUGAAACGUGGCGACCCAACGUUCGCUUCAGAUGACGACGGUCAUCUAGAAGGAAAGUCUCUUCUACAUAUAUCAGAUUCAAAACCACCGCCCUCGACAACAACAAUAAUAUCCACAUCGACCUCGACAACAACAACAACAACAUCCACAUCGACCUCGACAACAACAUCCACAUCGACCUCGACAACAACAUCCACAUCAACCUCGACAACAACAACAACAACAUCAACAACAUCCACAUCGACAACAACAUCCACAUCAACCUCGACAACAACAACAACAACAACAACAUCCACAUCGACAACAACAUCCACAUCAACCUCGACAACAACAACAACAACGUCCACUUCGACCCAAAUAACCGGCAAUCUGGAGGGUUCGACAUCUGUUAGUGAGACAACAACUACCUCCUUGAAUCAAAGAACUGGUGAUCCGGAGGGUUCGACACCUGUUAGUCAGACUACAACUAGGUAUAUGCUGUCCACGAUAACAGCUACGCCAUCAACGAUUGGGUACAAUAUCAGUAUCGUUAAUUGUACUCGUUCGACGUUUAAUGGUACGAAUCGAACAUCGGUUAUCUAUUUCAUGACUACGCUUUAUUUCAAUGUCACAGUUAAGGAGGAGCUUAAUACUGCAGAAAUUAUAGAAGCUUUGAAAUCUUUUAAUCCAAUUAUUGAAUUAGCUGAUAAAUGCAUUGAAAAGAGUCCGGAUACAAGUACCUUCAACGUUGCCUUAUCUAAAGUAGAUCCACCAUCCAGUGUAACAGGCGAUCUAUCAUUUCUAAAAAACCCUGACACCAUUCCACCCUCAUUGAUACAUCAAGCUGAUUCAAUACCUCCGCCUAUUGUGCAAGCAAACAACACCGGGAAAUACACCAUAGCAACAACCAUUGUAACAACAGAUACAACCACGACAGACUCGACGACUCCUAAUGUAGGAUGA